UCCAAGACGUGUGAAAUCCCGUGAAACUCCCACUGUGACCGGCAUCGUUUCAUGGGGGAUCUCGUGUGCCUCUCGCGCGCUCUUCCCUCGCGAAAUCCGCCCGCGCGCGCGCUUCCUUCGCGCCCAGAAAUCCAUCGCGCCCAGUGAUCCUUCGCGCCCAGAAAUCCACUCGUCAGCCUGCUUCUUCUUGGUGAGCCUGUAGCCUGGCGCUACUUCUUCUUGGUGAGCACGUAGCCUGGCAAAGAAAGGAGAUCCACCUGUUCCUAUCCGCCGCCGCUAGCCAAGAAAGGAGACCCCCCCGCCGCUGGUGAGUCCCUGUCCGUGCCGCGAUGGAGCCAAGGAAAGAGAUGGGUACAAGCUCGGGACGACGCCAUUCCUUCGCUGCUGUGAAGCCCCAUGCUGGAGCCGCUGUCCAUGGCCAGCAGCAUGUUCCAGAAUUGUCAUCGCCAAGUUUGCCCUCGCCGCCGGAGUCGCAGCAAACUCCUACAAUGCCACACAUGCCGGAGUCGCAAAAUCGCUCUCCAAAUCUGGCAUGGAACUUUUAUCCACCUGGUGGUUUUGUGAACCUCAUUAACCAACCAUACAUGACAAUGCCAUCACAUCCAUUUGGAGAGAAUUUCCACUUUGUUGGUCUUACACAGAACUUGAACACCUCUCCACCACCACCGCCAAGUGCUAAAAGGACUAAAAAAACAUCCAGACCUGGUAAAGAAACAACUGACAUUGAUGCUGAUGGUGACACGGCUAGUGAAGAAACUAAGACAGUCAAGAAAAGAUAUUGGACACAUGAAGAGGAAGUGAGGCUGGCUAGUGCUUGGUUGAACUGUUCUAAUGAUCCAAUACAUGGCAAUGAUAAGAAAGGAGAAACUUUUUGGAAAGAAAUUGCAGAAUACUUCAACAAACAUUGUCAAGCAGAUCGUCAAAGGGAUGUCAAUCAACUAAAGAUUCACUGGUCACGAUUGAAGACGUUGAUCAACAAUUUUAAUGGGUGUUGGAGUGCAGUAUCAAAAAUACAUACAAGUGGAUACUCUGAUGAUCAAUUAAUGGAUGAGGCACAAAAGAUGUAUGCAAAUGCGAAUAACGGCAAGCCUUUCACGCUGGUUCAUUGGUGGAAAACUCUGAGAAAUGAACCUAAAUUUUGUGCACACAUGUCACAGAUGGAUAAAGAAAAAGGUCAGAGCUGUACCAUUGACAUUACUGAAGAUAGUGAGCAAAUACCCACACAACGACCUAUAGGAAGAGAUGCAGCCAAGGCUCAAAAGAAUGGUAAACGCAAGGCGGAAGAGGUACUAGAUGGUAUUGUUCUUCUCGGUGAGAACAUAAACAAAAUUGUUGAAGUGCAAGCAGAACGGAAACAAGAGCGUGAAAAAGUAGCUGAAACUCAUCUAAAAUUGAAGAAGGACUUGCAUUGGUUGAGCAUAUUUGGCAAAAAUAUGGGCGUCGUUAAAAAGUGUUUACGAACUCAUGUAUUAUCUUUAUAUGUUAAAAAUAUGGGCCUCGUCAAAAAUAUAUGGAUCUUCCUAAAUUAACCAAGUCAUGAUUUUUGCGUCCCGUUUUAUUUGGAGGUGUUCAUUUUCUGAUUUUGCGUCUAGUUUUAUUUGCGUGUCCAAUAUGAACUAAA